CAUCAACAUCAGACCAAAACACGGACGACCUUUGUCCAAGCUAGAAUCUAGAACGGAUAGUGACUUCUCGGAGCAGAGCCCGAAGCAAUCAGAUUGGAAAAUGCCACCAAGAAGAGCAUCCGUAAAGCCAGACUCUCAGGUCAACGGCAAGAAACGAGCGGCUAGCUCUCCCGAAGCUGAAGCUCCCACCAAAAGGGCCAGACCCGCUUCGACCAGGUCGAAACCCGCUUCCUCAGCAGCUCCCCCUUCCUCCCGCAAAUCUGUCCGAGGCAAGCCGUCUGAAGAUGCUCCGGAACCCUCGAACGCGGUUACAGGGGCGAAGAAGGUCGCCGCUGCAGUAAAGCCCAAGAACAAGGCUCUUGCUGCGAUCAAGGAGGAGGUCAAGGCGGGUGCAGGUCGGAGGGUAUCGGCUGGCGGGAAGAGGGUAGGGGCUCCCAAUCUGGGAAGGCUGCCUUUGCCCACGCCUGCUGAGCAUCUUCGGCCGGCUCAGACUGCCAUGGUGUUCGGUACCGGUGAUUCUGGAGAAUUCGGAAUGGGUGAUGACGAAAGAGGAGAGAAGAGCAAGCCCGAGCUUCAGAGCUGGAUCGAGGAGGCUAUCGCGUCAGCAAAGCUUGGGGGAGAAGGAGCUGGGAUUGAGGAUCUGGUUUGCGGAGGCAUGCACUCGCUCAUGAUCGACGAACAGGGACACGUCUGGACAUGGGGUGUGAAUGACGGAGGAGCUCUCGGUCGACGGACCGACAAGGUGGCCGACCCUGCCAACCCAUCUCAGACGCUCGAUCGGGAUGUUCUGGAGGCCACGCCUGGUGUCGUGCAAGCGCUCGUAGACGAAGGAUUCAGGGCUGUCAGGGUCGCUGCUGGAGACAGUGUCAGUAUGGCUAUCAGUGAUGAGGGGAAAGUCAAGUAUUGGGGUAGCUUCAGGGGCAAAGAGGGAUUGAUGGGAUUCGGAGGAGUCGACAAGAUGAUCCAGUACGACCCGGUCGAUCUGCCAUGGCAGACCAGCCGAGCGGAAAGUGAUCGAUUCAUCGCCAUCGCGGCCGGGACGGAUCACGUUCUCGCCCUUUCUGCGGAUGGUUUCGUCUUUGCCCUUGGCGAUGGAGAGAAGGCUCAGUUGGGCAGAAAGAUUAUGGCGAGGAGGAGGUUGAACUCGUUGCACCCGGAACGAUUGGGUCUGAGAAAGAUCGUCUCGAUUGGAGCUGGCGCUUUCCACUCGUUUGCGAUCAACGAAGACGGUCAGGUGUAUGGUUGGGGUAACAACCUCUUUGGGCAAUUAGGAGUCGCAGACAGCGAUAUCGACGCAUCCUGGGAGAAGCGCGUUGUCGAGAGGCCUACCAUCAUCAAAGCUCUCAACCCGGAGAAUCAUGGAGGUGCCAGAGUCAAGCAGAUUUCGGCUGGCGAGAACCACUCGUUGUUCUUGUUCGACAAUGGUGCCUUGUUCAGCUGCGGAAAGAUUGUCAACAACGAGCUCGGGAUCGGAGCGGAUCAUCCUGCAAUGACUGACGACGCCAAGGAACUUCAGUACAUCGGAGAGCCCGUGCAGGUCUUUUUCCCUCCUCCCUCGACCCCGGACAACAAGGUCCCGAAAGUGCAACCCUACGAAGAUUCAGAUGAUUACCGAUCGGCAUCUCAUCGUGUCGCUCACGUCGACGCUGGACCUCGUCAUAGCAUCGCCGUAACGACCGAUGGCUUUUACUACUCUUGGGGAUCAGGUCCUUCGGCUCAAUUGGGUCUGGGUAGCAAGGAGCUCGCCGAGGUUCCUACCCUGCUUACGAACAAGCUGCUCCGCACUCAUACCGGUGUCAAGGCCGCUACGGGUGCCAUGACCUCAUUCAUCAUCGCUCGAGCUAGGGAGGAAGAAUGGGGCGCAUAGACUCUGGUCGCGACGGACUCACGAUUCGAGUCGGUAGAGGUUGUGUAUAAACGUCACAUGUAGCGUUGUCAUCUUUCUCUCUUCGCUCCAUUCCUAGGAAUAUAUAUAUAUAUAUUGACGCGAGAAA